UUGUGUUACUGAUGGGUGGUUUCAUUGUCUGGCCUGCUCUGUUCAUGUCUGUGAAGAAAGGCUUCGUUCAUUUCUCUGAGUUUGUUAUCGCUGUGUUCACGAGUUGGUUGGUCAGCAUUGUUCUGGUUGUUAUAUCGUUUUUGAUCCCGACUGAACCGAAUGCUUUGUUCAUCAUUUAUGGAUGUCUGAUAUUAUUCACAACGAUUCUGACUACUUUACUGAUUUCCAUUCCAAAGGCCACUGUGAUAGCAAGAGGGGGUGACCGACUCUCCCAGAAGUUAUUUUCACCGAUCGGUGCAGC